UUUCUUGGAAAUCUCAAACUCACUCUUCACAACAACUACGAUAUUCAUUGAUAGAAUACGUUGUAAAAGUAUGAUUGGAGAAAUUCUGGCAACUUUGUUUGCGUUCCUCGUGGAGAACUGCACUGGAGUCGUUAUCAUUCAAAGCCAUUCACGGACAGAACUACAAGAGUCUUUGCUGCAAGAACAACCUGAAGAUCUCCUCGAGGACUUCACAAACUUCGAUCCAAACGACGCCAUUUUCCGAGAAUUUGACCCACCUUCUCAUCUCGAGAAUGAUCCUCAAGCAUGGAAGCAAAGCCGGCCAACAAUCAAGAACUCCUUCUGGGAAUGUCUUAAAAGCGUUCUCCUCAUCCAAACUUUAGGAGGAAGCCUCGUUGGCUUUGUAGCUGUCGUUAUUGUUUUUCUUGAUUUCAGUACCGUGGAAUGGUGCUACGAUGAAAACUCACACUUUAACGAUAUUCCCAUCGACGUGCAACGCCUUCGAGUGACUGCACAAACCGUCGAAGGAUUUUUCAUUGAAAUGUGGGAUUUUUUCUGUAUAAUCACAGUCUUUCCACUCUCCUUGAUCAAAGAGCUUCACCUGUUGACAUUCAACGUAUUGGCGUCCUUUAUUGAUGUAACAUACAGACUUUACUUUCAAAUGUAUGGCGUCUAUAGGAUCUCUUGGAUGUCAUUCCCUCUCAAUGCUCUGUUCUGUAUGGUAAUAGUAAUCAAUAACUAUGCUUUGGCGCGUCACUUUUGUCCAGCUUCUUUGAAGAAGAGAUUGAAAAUGGACUUUAUAUUGUCAGCACAGUUCAUCCUCGGAAUCCCUGUGGCUUUAUUCUUAGUCUACAAAAUAUUUCCCAUCUACGUUGCACAGAGCGAAUUUAUGAAACUAGUCAUUGCGGCUGCGAGUCCUGUGUUUUCAGCCAUUCCGAAAGUCGUUUCUCGUCUUGGAGCACAGACACUAAAGGAAGUUAUUCAUCCUGGAACUGCUUUCGUUUUUGUCACCGUGAUUUACGGGGCUUCGGCCAUUGUGUUUCGCGUGAUGCAAGCUGAAUUGACGAGCCUCGGUCUCUUCACAGCUCUUGGAGUAGCUCAUGCUGUCAUAGAUCUUCUGGAGAGGAUUACUAUUACAAUGAGAGACCAUAUCUGGGAGUAUUUGUAUCGCUUGGUGCGAGGACAGAGAAGUAGACAACCUAAGUACCGCAGCCCAAGAAGCAGGCGUUUUAUUGCAGAUGUGAGCAUCCAGAUUAUGAUGCAAGAAUCAACUGCGCUGAUCACCGCUCUGGGAUUUGUUAACGUGUAUCAACUUAUGUAUAACGAAAUUCCAUUCUCCAACUACAAAAAUAUAAUAGUUGGGUUUUUCCUUCGAGCAAGUAUUGGCUUACUCAUUGACUUGGUUUUUAAUGUCCUUUCUCUCUUGAUCCAGACUCGUGUCAUGAAUAUAGCAGUCAACAGGGUUUGGAAAAAGAAAUGGCGUUACCAUUUGCUCGUCAACACUGUUCUUGUUUGUGUGUCUAUUCUAUAUUUUAGUGGACACUUGUUCGAGAUAGUGAGUAGCAAGUAUGACUAUUCCAAACAUCCUGCUGUAAGGUAUGCAUGGAAUUGUACAUUCCCAAGUUUUCUGUGAAGAAUGGUCUAAAGUACGAAGUGGCGUAGAAAUUCAGGCCUAUCCGUAUACAUAUGAAAAGAAGGUCUUACUAUUGAGUAUUUCUAUAUUGCUUCAUGUUGUGAUGACAAAGGACAAAAACGACCAAAAUGGCUUUUACUGGAGUUCUUGAGGAAUUUGCGAGAACUUUGGCGCCAGAACGCGCGCGCCAGCGGCUCCCAAUCUUUGGACACUCGCGAACUGUACACAGCGCCACAGCCAUGUAGCCUUACCAAACAUUUUGGACAUUAACCUUUUGAAUAUAGUGCCAUCUCCGUGUGUCGCAAGGCCCAGCUGUAUUUAAAUAUAUAUAUAUAUAUAUAUAUAAUUAUUAUUUUAGAUUUUUGCACGAGAUGUAGUCGAGUGUUUCUUAUACCUUGCGAGUGCACGAACUACGCAUUGGUUUUAUAAUCAAAGAUUAUACUAUAUUUAUUUGUCUCACAAUUGUGGCAGCUGGGAGGACCACGACGUCUCGACUGCUACUGCUAGUCUUCCUCAUUUGGCAGCAGCAGUCUGCCAACUGUCACAAUCGUGAGACAAAUGAAUAAGUAUAAUCUUUGAUUUAUACAUCCACGAUGGAAAAUCUUUUCCAUUUUUUAAGCUUUUAGUUGUUUAUUAAUAAUGAUUUGUUUUGUCAAGUUCAUGGGAGCAUGUUUCUGUCGGUAACUUACCUAUUAUGUCAGUCGUCAAAAUAGCCAUGUGGUCGUUGAUGUUUAAUGAGAUGAAGCUAUGCAAAAUACUUCCGUCCGUGAUCAAAAAUCUUGAACUCAGACCUCGAAAAUGUGAUAGCCGGAAGUAGUUUGGAAUUUGGCUCUUUAGGUCGCAUAAUUAUAAGAAAUACGUUUAGAAAGUAAAGCGAUAGUGAAUAAGCAAAUAUACUCAUAUUCAUUAUAAAACUUUAGGAGUCAAGGAUUCCAUGUUUUUAUUGAGCUGCACGUGUUGCUAAAACGAUUGUAAUUAUCGUCCGUCAUAGAGCUGCGUUGUCAAUUCCAUAGAAGAAAACUGUACGUUAUCUCUUUAGUGUUGUACAAUUUUCUCGUUUAAGGAAUAGCUUUGCGAAUGGUCUUCACAUUCUACCCUCAAUCCGCAAGGGACUAAUUUUCACUUAUUUAAUGGUAUCAGAGUAGACAGACAAAAAGGUGAUUUUAUUUCACGUUUCAGUUGGCGUCUACACAAAUAUAUAUUAGACUGGCGUGAUCACGCGACUUAUGUGACACAAAGAAAAUGAAAAAUACUUAAGUCAAAUUUCGGUAUUAAGGUGGCUCCAUAUAGUUUUUGUACGCGCGCGCGCGAGUUUGUGCACGACCAUGCGCAGAACCAGAACUUGGAGAAUUUAUAUUAGGAUGACGUCACGAAAAUAUCAUUCAAACUCGUUAUCUCCUUUCUGAAAUACAUCUCAAAAUCUAAACGGUAAAAUGUUCUUAUUAUAUGGAGGUUCAACAGUUGUUAAAUCAUUUAGAAAUUCGGUACUUUGGAAAUUUGUUUAUUCGGGCAAUUCAAGAUUUCGCAUUAUUUGAAAUUCUGUUGUACCGAAUGCUUCAGUAUUGUGUCAAAUGAAAGAUGAGGUAACGUGCUCUCACUAUAAACAGUUGUAACUAAAUUCAUCGUGGAAAACUUGAGUUUUUAAUUCUUUAGUGAAAAGAAUGGCCUUAA